UAGAUACUGUUGGUGUCGACACUACUACUGUUGUGUCUCCGGUUGUUUGUUCUGCGCAUGCGCAAUGUAGUAAAGCGUGUUGUCUGUCUCUAUGACGACGGGUUCCUUAAACCCUUUAGUGCUGCAGAGGGACCAGAAGCAGAUUAUGUGCUCAGGUGUUGCUCCGCAGACUGUGUGGACUGUGAGAAACAGUCAUAUGAAGAAACAGUGACCAGACAAACGUGUCUUCAUGUCUUCUUUUACCGCUUUGACUCAACGCAACCGCUACACAGGAGACAACUGCUGGACAUGAGUGAGGUGGUUUGCACAAAGUCCCAGGAGGAGUAUGAGGAUGACUUUGAGAAGGAUCUGGACUGGUUGAUUGAUGAAGAAGGCCAGAACGGGGGCCAGAGCCCCAAGUACAAUGACACUGAAGUGGACAUUGACAAAGCACUGGAGGAGGAGGAAGAGAAACUGCAAGUAAUCAAACAAAAGGAGAAGCACUACAAAGACGAGAAGAAAGGUAAGAAAAUGGAGGAGUUGGAAGAGGAAGAAGAGAGGUGGCCCCCACCCAUGGAGCCGCUGGAGUACGACUCUGAUAGAGACAGCUCUCCAAGCACUGAUGACCAGACGGACGAGGAGAAGAAGUACAUCCUGGAGAAGAUCCAGCAGGCGAACCGUGAGCUGCAGGACCAAGAAACUCCAGAUAUAACCAGACGGAGGAGGCUGCAUUUCAAAGAGACACUGGUGGACCUGGUGGUGCCUCCACUGCAGUUUGAGAAGGAUGUAAAUAAUGUUGAGGCAGAGGGAGGAAAGGAGAACAAAGACAGGCUGAUGGACUCGGAGGCAGAGACUGUGUCAGGGAAGCUGUCUGAGCUGAGACUUUCUCCUCAGGAGGGAGACGCAGGAUCUGGAGCAGCCAACCGAACUGGACAGAGCAGUGAUGGUGGGCAGGAGAUGAAGGAGGGCCGAGUCCUUGUAGAAAAAGAUGGGAAGUUUGACCUGGUCAGCUUGAAAGAGUUAGAGAGUCAAGGACUUCUCCCUGCCAUUACAAACAACCACAGUGACCACUCACACUUCUCCCCACUGAGCUUUGCUAAGAUAAACAAUUCCUCCUCCUCCAUCCGCUCUUCUGCUGGCUCUUCCACCAUCAAGAGUGUUGAUCACCUCCGAACUCCCAGACCUCCGGCACAGCCCAGGAACCGACCCAGCUCAGCCAAUCACAGCCAGAGAGGCAGCCAGAGAAGAGGCAGCCAGCGGCGGGUGCACUCGGCCACUGGGACACCUUACCAGGCCACCUACACCCUCUCUCCUCAGCAGAAGGAGCUGCUGCUCAGGAUCCAGGAGAGGAAGGAGAAGUUGGCCAGAGAGGCAGAGGAGAGGAAACGUGAGGAAGACGAGCAGAGGAGGCAGGACAACGAGCUGGCAUUCAGAGCCUGGCUGAUGAGGAAAAGAGAGCAGCUUCAAGAGGAGAGAAGGAUCCUCCGAGCUCAGGAGAUGGAGAGGAUCAGUUCUAAGAGAGACUGUGCACACAGUGACUCAGAGGAGGCUUUCAGGCUGUGGCUUCAGAGGAAGCAGGAGCAGCGGCAGAAAGAGCAGCAGCUGCUGGAGCUGAAGAAGCUGGAGGAGGACAGUGGUUUCCUCUUACACAGCCGCCAAGAGAGCGAACGUGCAUUCAAACUUUGGGUGAAACGGAAGCGGGCGGAGAAGCGAGCAGAGCAGCAGGCAGCUCGAGAGCACUCCCGCAGGCUGGUGCUGGAGGAGCGGCGAGCGCGACGCAUGCGGGACCUGCAGUGCACCGUCACUGAAAACAAGCCGUUCAGAUUCGGUGAGCUGCAGGCCCAUCACUUCUGAUUCAGAGGCUCAAAACAGGCCUGCUGAAUUCACACAGAAUCACCCGACAUUGAAUUUGAUUCUGUGUCAGUGCGACAAAUCUGUUCUUACAUUAAUUUAACCACAGACUCAGUGUGAGGAACAAGAGACACAUGUUUAUUCUGUGUUCACUUGGUUUUGUUGUAUAUUUGCUAUUUCCCUGCUGUGUUAAAAGCACAUUUCUGUCAAUAAGUUUACCAAAGUGACUUCUACUCAGCGUGGACAUACUGAAAAUAAGUCAAUAAAUCCUCAAGGUAACAUGUAGGACAUUGAAUAAAUUAUUAUUUGUCUGUAAAUGCACUUUACUUUCAACAGAUCUCUUUACAAACAGAGUCUUUAGGCUACUGUCCAUCAUCAGAGUAUUUGAUGCAGUGACUCAGUGAGGAUAUAUUACUUUUUUGUAAGAAUUUACUUUAAAAGUCUAUACAGAAGACAGUAAAUACGUGAGCAGUUACAUUACGAUAAAGAGAUAAUUCAACAGAAUAAAUUGCUGAAAAAAUAAAAUGUGUGUAAG